AUGUCUGGUCCAGGUGGUACCGUGAAGAGUUCGUUCUCGUCGCUGCUUCCGACACUACAUUCAAAGAUCAAGAGGAAGCACCUGAGAAAGUACUCUUGGCUACCGGAUGUAUUUCGUCUCAACGGAAGUAUUGUUGGACGCAUCUUUGGUCCAGUCGUCACCGUUACGUUAUUCGCUGCUGGUGUUGCCUAUGCUUGGUCGAAGGGGAAGGCAGUGGUACUGACUAAUUCUAUCGUGCCUUUGCUAUCUGUUGUGGUUGGUCUCAUCUUGGUCUUCCGGUAUGGUACAUCUUACGACAGAUACUGGGAAGGCCGCAAAUGCUUCUCACAGAUGACCUCUAAUGUCCGCAAUCUCACUCGUUUCAUUUGGGUGAAUGUUGGUAUCCCCCCGGCUGGUGACCAACCGAAUGGCAUUAAAGGAAAGACCCCCGUUUCGAAUGUGACUCCGUCUCAGCUGCACAGGCGCAAGAUCGAAGCGCUGCAUCUAUGCCUCUCUUUCGCUUUCGCUGCCAAGCAUUAUCUUCGUGGCGAAGAUGGUAUUCAUUGGGACGACUACGAAGGCGUUCUGCCUGCUUCCUUCUCACGAUUCGACGAGACGGGUUACAAUACACAGAAGACAGGGAAGACACUCAAUUACUCUGCGACGCGCGAUACCUCCUCGGGAAGGAGUGACGAUAGCCAGAGCGGACGCUCGUCCCCCGAUGCUACGAAACGGGUUCGAGUCAAGCGAAGCAACCCCAAGAUUUCGGGCACCACCACACCUCUCUUGGGAGGGACUCAUAGAACCGUGGAGUUCCAUCCGUUUCAAGCUUACGAGGCCUCGCUUCCUUUACCAUUGAUCAUCUCCCAUCAGCUCACAAGGACUAUUUAUGAGUUCAGGCGUGAUGGGUUCGUUGAGACCAUUGGCCCAGCCGGCAUGAAUGCUAUGAAUCAAUUAAUCCAGUCAAUGGUUGAUCAACUUGGCUCAAUGGAGCGCGUCGCCAAUACCCCGAUACCCAAAUCAUAUGGAAUUCAUCUGAAACAAUGCAUCACACUGUAUCUUUUCGCAUUACCGUUUACUUUGGUCAACGAUCUCGGGUGGAUCACCAUUCCGGCUGUAACAUUAGUUGCGUUUACGUUGAUGGGCAUUGAAGGCAUUGCUGACGAGAUUGAAAUGCCAUUUGGCCACGACAAAAGCGACCUUCCUCUCGAUACCUACUGCCAGGAUCUGAAGGAGGAAAUCAAUUAUAUCAUUACCCGGUUGCCCGAGGGCGGCGAGGGCGCGCACGGUUACGAUGAUGGCGAAGGAGACGACUAA